AUGAAAUGGUGCGUACUGCUUUUUUUAUUGGUUAUUCGAAUCGAUUUUAUAAGUGCCUGGGAAAAUUAUGAACUUGAUUUAUUUGAUUUGGUUGAAGAACUUGGAGUGAAUACAAAUUUUUAUGAUUUUAUUGGCGUAGACAAAACAGCUGAAUUGAGUGAAAUUAAAAAAGCAUACAGAAAACUUUCACUUCUUUGGCAUCCAGAUAAAUCUGAUGAGGCAGAUGCUGAACAAAAAUUUCGUCAUCUUGUUGCUGUUUAUGAAAUCUUGAAAGAUGAACAACGUCGUACUCGAUAUGACCGUAUACUAGUAGAAGGAUUGCCAAAAUGGAAUCAACCAAUAUUUUACUAUCGACGAGCUAAAAAAUUGCGUGCUUGGGAAAUAUUAACAAUUUUAACGUUAAUUUUUACUAUUGGCCACUAUUUAGUUCUUUGGGCUGUAUAUUUUGAGUCCAGUUUAACUAUGAAUGAAAAGUCGGUAGAUGCUCGCAAAAGAUUAGAAAAAAAAAUGAAAAAAUCGAAUAAAAUUAGAGAUAUCGAUCAAAACAUGAUUGACGAAGAAUUAGCUCGAAUCAUACCAGCUGUUCCAUCACCUCAAUUGACUGAUAUUUUACCAAUCAAAUUUGCAUUUUUUCUUGUCAAUCAUCAAUUUUUAAUACCAUUUUUAAAAGAACUUCUCUAUACAAUUAUAAGCUAUCGUCGACAAUCUCCAUCAAUCGAGUGUGUUUCUGCAGAUGACGAAGAUCCUGAUUGUCGAACAACGAAAAAAUCUCCUGUCGUUCGGAUAAAUGAUAUUAUACCAGAAAUGGCUGCUAGUAGAAAUGUGCCAGUUGUGUCCUAUCUAACAGCAACUUCACCAUUAUCAUCCGAACAUAAUCAAUCAUCAGAAUCUCGAAAUUCUAAUCGUUCAUGGUCAGACGAAGAAAAACAAUUACUAUGUAAAACUAUUGUUCGAUUUCCACCUGGAACGCCUAGACGAUGGGAAAAAAUUGCAGAUGUUAUUGAUCGUCCCGUACCACAAGUCAUAGAUAUGGCUAAACAAAUACAAAAUACAGUUGGUUCAAAUAAUAAUAAUAAUAGUAAUCUUGUUCAAGACAGUCAUUCAUCAUUUUCAUCAACAGUAACGAUCGAUCAAAAUUUAAUUACUGAACGAUCACAAUUCGAAUCUAUUUCUGAUUGGUCACAGGCUGAGCAACAACUACUUGAAUGUGCAUUAAAAAAUAUACCAAAAAAUACACCAGGUACUGAUCGAUGGGAACAAAUAGCUGCUUGUAUACCGGGAAGAACGCGUGAAGAAUGUUUAGCACGUUAUCGUUAUAUAGUACAAAUUGUUAAAGCUAAAAAAACGGCUUAA